GCGCCCGCAGCGAGCGUGGUGGUGGUGGUGGAGGGGGCCCGCCUGCUGCGCUACGCCCGCCGCCCGCCCCCCCCGGCGCCCCCCCCGCCGCCGCCGCCGCCCCCCGGGAGCCACCUGACGCCGGUGCCGGUGGCGCGCAGCCCGGGCGGGGCGGCCUUCGAGGUGGCGGGGGGCGCGGGGGGGGCGCGCGUGGCCCGGCUGGGCGACCCCCGCGCCUGCCCGCUGCUGCGGCCCGGCGACCUGCUGCGCAAGGUGAACGGGGCCGACGUGCGGGGCCUGGCCGCCCCCCAGCUCCAGCGCCUGCUGCGCCGCCGCGGCCGCGCCGGGGACCUGGUGCUGCUCGUCGAGCGCCCCGGCCCCGGCCCCCCGGCGGUGGUGGGGGGGCGGCCGUGGGGCCGGGGCGAGGCCCUGGCCGUCACCAGCUUCGUGGGCCCCGAGCCCCGCGACCUGCUGCUCUGCCCCACGGCGCCCCACGGCCCCGGCCCCACGGCUGCUGAGUGGGGGACGGGGGGGCCCUGCCCCACGGCCGCCCCCGGAGCUGAUGUCGCCAUGGCCGGGGGGAGCAACGGGGGGGGGCCGGGGUUCGGCCUGCCCCAGCUGCAGCCCCCCCGGCCCCCCCGGGGGCCCCCGCCCUUCGCCGUGGAGCUGCCGCGGGCCGGGGGCUUCGGCUUCAGCCUGCGGGGGGGCCGCGACCGCAACACGGGCGUCUACGUGCUGGGGCUGCGCGAGGGCGGCCCGGCCCAGCGCUGCGGCCGCAUCCAGGUGAGCGACCAGCUGCUGGAGAUCAACGGGGCGCCCACGGCCGGCAUGACGCACGCCCAGGCCGUGGCCCGCAUCCGCGCCGGCGGCAGCCCCCUGCGCUUGCUGCUGCGCCGCGGCGACGGCUCCGGGCCCGGCGGCGCAGCGACGGCGCCCGGCAGCCUGGCGCUCUGCGUCAGCCGCUCGCCCCGCGGGGAGCCCUGCUUCUGCCUCGUGGGACGCCGCCACCCCCGCUGACCAGCCGGCGGCCCAGGAGCGGAGCCCGGAGCAGCGGCGGCACCGUGGGACCCUUGGGGGGGGCAGCUGGGGGGGGGGGCCGCGCCCACCCCCCGCCCCUGCACACCCGGGGGGCGGAGCUAGGGAGGCCCCGCCUCCGGGGGGGCGGGACCGCAGUGCCUCAGGGAUUCCCCCCCCGUAACCCCCCCCCCCCACACUAUGCAAUGGUUCGGUCUGGCGCCCCUACCUCAGCACACCGCGGCCAGCCCCCCCCCCCGUGCAAUGGUACGACCCGCCCCCCCCCCACCCGCAGCCCCCUCCCACCUGCCCCAGCCGCACGGCCUGGCCCCGCCCCCCUCGCCACCAGCCAAUCCGGUGCGGGCAGCGCCGCUCCCUCCGGGGGGGGGGGCAGGCUGGCCCAUUCCCCCUCGGCGGGGGGGGGGGCGCAGGCGCGUUCGGCGGGCAAUAAACGGCCGGGGAGUUGCA